GUCAAAAUCUAGACAAAAUUAAGUUUUAAAAUAGAUUACAAUAAUUAUUUUCUUUGCAUUCGAAUUUGAAAAUAACUUUUAAACUAUAAUGUGCUAAAAGAAGUCUUUAGAGCGCAGACAGCAUGUUUUUAUGACAUUAUUUAACCCUAAUUUUUGUGAGAUGUCGAAGGCUGUGCUUAUCCCGGAAUGCAAUAAAGACUUAGGCGGAGUUAAAGGAGAGUUGAGUGUCUCUCCCAAUGAUAAAAAAGACGGUGCCAUUGGACUGUUAAGUAGGCUGCUCCGUUUUGAUACUCUAAGUAAAAGGCAGGGAGUGCCUGAGAGUCCUACAUCUGAUGAACCACCGACUACGUACUAUGGAGUGUAUAUACCCUGUGAAUUAAAGAAAGGUCCUGAUGAAGAAGCUCUUCACGUCUACAAAACUAAGUCAGAAGCUUUAGAAUUAGUUCGAAGGUAUAAAUCAGCUAGGUUUAAGGUAUUUAGGAAUCAUCAAGAUGCAGUAUCUUUUGCAUUGCGUGGAGCUGAAUCUGAGAAUCAUGAAGGAAAUGUCAACGCUGUUAUGGGAGAAAAACCAUACCCAUUUAAGGCACCAUCACCUCAAGAUAUGGUGACACUCCGCAAAGCUAUUGAGGCAGGGUUGACUUGCACAGUACGAGAUAGAGUUUGGGACAACCCUAGAUACCUGGUGAGCAGUGGCAAUACUCCAGCAAUUGUUCAGGAAGGAUCCCGUUACAACGCCUUACACGUAGCAGCAAAAUCCCUUAACGCCGAAAUAUGCAACCUUCUUUUGACAACAGUGGGAAACCCCGCCUUUGUGCAAACCUUGUAUGGCGCUGAUGCCGAGGCGGAGUCUUGUAAGGAAUUCGCUGCUAUUUUAGUGGACCGCUACCUCAACACACCGGACAAGGCGAUGAACGAGACUCCUCUGCACUUCGCAGCUAAGUUCGGGGCGGAACACGUCGUGGAUGUGCUGACGUCGUUCCCGCAAUGCAACAAACUCGCCAAGAACAAGUAUGGGGAAAUUGCUAAAGAUAUAAUCUGUAACCGCAUCUCCAACGCGAAUUCGGAAUUAGUCCGGAGAAUAUCCGUAAUGCUAACGGAGCGAUACUACGUGCCGGUGGUGCACGCGGAGGACGAGACGAGUCCGCCCACCAUUGGGAGACCUUUCACACCAGCUGCGCCUCCUGAUUUAAAUCGUGAUCCAAUAUCACCUCGGUUCGAGAUCCGGGCUUUCGCGGGUCCGAUGGAGGCGAAUGAUGCUGAAAGCUUCCGUCGAAGGUGGAAAACGCCUCCGCGAUCUAUCAAACCUAAUUUUAGACUUAGGGAUAUGUCUAAAGGCCUCGAAGCUGUUGGAAGGAACUUAGCCGAACAAAUGAACGUCACGUGGAAGGAGUAUUGGCCAUUUUUGGACACGUUCACAGACCUCCGGACCCCAGAAGGCCUCAAUUUACUAGAAAACUAUCUGAGCGCGAAAUUCAAGAUGGCCUCCUACGUAGAGGCUUCGCCCCCCGAGACGCCCCUCAGCACGUCUAAAGAAGUGCUGAGCCCCAUUUCAGAUUUAUGCAAUGCAAUGAAAUCGUGUAAUUUAAGUGACAGGCCAUAUUGGAGCAGGACGGAUCCAGUGAGACAGAGAAUGUGUCGACAACCUAAUGCGAGGGCUACGACUAACGGGGAAACAUUCCAAAUAAACCACACGGUCAGUCAACUGCUUUGCAUAGAACGAACCUGCCAAGUGUUCGCUAAACGCAUCGCGGAUGCGCUCAUUUUCUCUCUGACAGCGGAACCGGAAGUCGCCGGCGACUCCCUCAAGUCCGAAGCCACGCACCUCCUCAACACGAUGCUGACCUACAUGGACGACGAAAGGUUUAAGGGCGUCGACUUCGCGUUGACCCAUUCGAGGCUCGCUCAACUGGUCGUCUUCAAGCUGCGGCAGCGGAUCGAUUCGGACGACGUCAGCUCUCUGAUGGAAUUUCUGGGGAGGGCGAGAUGUCCCGACGACGACGUCAGCUCGGACGAUGAGAAGGCGCAUCGGAGGAGGACGCGGAACGCGGUAGAGGCUCACGUGAAGUGCGCGGCGAGUUUCAUCUGCGAUGAGUUGGAGGGCGAGGAGAGCAAGGGGCCCGCGGUUUCAGACCUCGAGUGCGCUGACAUUUGGAGUAAGGCGGAGAAGUGCAGAUGCGAAUGGAAGAUGGAAAUGUUUGAGAGGAACAGUAAAAAAAACGCUUCGUUCAGAAAGCACAGGUCUAUUCUCUCCAGUAGUCCUAAGAGUGACGGCUUCAUUAGAAGAUUAACGUUCGACCAGGAUAUUGGCGACGGCAAACUUCAAAACAUAGAAAACGUGGAGAAGGAGACACAGAAUAUGAAUUCGCCAGGAGGAGACAACGUUCCUACUGUUUUCACUGUGGACGUUGCCAAAUGUCGAGUUGUGGAUGCUGAGAUAUCAGAUGACGACUCGGACUCGGUAGAGGCCUAUUUGACUGCGCCGGAGUCCCCCGAGAGCUCCGACGACGAAAUGUUUGACGCCAGCGAUCGACCCCUCAUCGAAUGCUUCAUUCAUGGCGAGGAGCCAACAAAAAUAGACCGUCAAGUGUUCGAAGCGUUGUCCGAGUGUGCAAUAUCAUCCGAGGAGUUUCCCAGCAUCUCCCGUUGGAGACAUUGCGUCGGACUCUACUCGGAACAGGAGAGAGAAAGCUGGCAGACGACAUCGAACAUCGAUGGCAGCAUAGUGUCCUCAAUAUCCUGGAGCAUUUGCAAUUCCCCCCGAACGCCCCUGUCCACCCCCGGAAGGCCCCACACGCCGGGGACACCCAACAGGAUCCUCGCCCCGGGUAACCCCAUUUGCAGUACCCCACAUAAAGGGAUGUCAUCGCCGGGAAGCAAGGAAGACAGAAAUCCGUCUUUACAGGUAUCAAACUGGCUUCGGGUGACGGGACCAAACUCUCCCCGAGCGACGCUGUCAAAUAAAAACGUCAGCCACAACGUGAGCUUUGGGUUCUAACACCCCGCCUUAUAUUUAAUUAUUUUGACAUUCAUAUUCUUAUUAGUUUAUUUUUAAAUCCCAAGUCUGCUACGUAUUUUUAUUUUAUUGCUUUGCCUGUGGUUUUGUUAGGAUUAAAUAAUAUUACGGAACCCGUUAGCAAACAACACGACUCGAUAUUUUUGACAAUCUUUGAUUCUUCAAUAGCGAUUUGGGUCUACGUAUACAGGGUGUUUAGUUUCCGUACUAUAUUUACUUUCAUGACGUGAUAUUAAUCUUGACGCUAUAUAAGACUUUUGAAAAAACUGUAUUGUCUCGCGAGAAAAAUAUUUGUGUUAAUAGGAGAAAAUUGUAAACAUAGUUUUUAAAAUAUAAUAUGACGUCAAGGAUUUUGAAUAUCUUGUUGAGCUUAAACGUAGAAAGUUCUAGAAACUAGACAUCUUGUAAAGACCAUAUUAGGUACUUUUAGUUUCAUCGUAAUCUGGCUCCCAGUGGAAUUUGCGAGGGGCUUAAAAUCUUGGAAAUUGGUUUUAAUUGUUCGGCCUUGUAGACUUCGCUAGAUUGUAUUCUAAUUCUUCUUUAUUUGUAUUUACACGUGAAACGUGAAUUUUCGGAAGUAGAAGAAUUUUAGCAUUAAUCAGUUAUAACACUUAAGUUUUUUAAUGAAAAUUUAUCAUUGGACCCUUUUGGCACCCGACAAAGCUUCUCACCUAAACGUUUUAAAAGUUUUCUGCCAAAAGUAAAAAUGUAAAUAGAAAAUAAUCUAAAUUUUAACCAGUGUUUAAGGAAGUUAUAACGUUCACAGUGAUACUAACAUUAGUUCUAAAACUUAAUUUUAACAAAAAUGACUCCGCUCAUAGUAUAGAUAAAUAUGGUUUAUGUCGUAUCAAAUGUGGGAAUGUCCCAUAUAAAAAUACUGAUACGAACCUGUUUCGCCUUUAUAUACUUUAAGAAAAUAUAAUCUCAGCUCCGAAUACACAAACGCCACUUUAGGAGCGGCUCAAACUUUGGACUAAAAAGAGACAGCUAUAUUUUUUAAUCUCUGGCUUUUGUGUAUUCGGGCAUCUUUAUUUGUAUCGUUGUCCCUUUUUGAUCUACGCCGUCGGUUAAAAUAUACGUUUUGUGUUAAAUAUAAACCGGAGGCGUGUAUCGAUCGGGUUCUAUGUUCCGGUCAAGUUUUAAACGUCAAAAAUAUUUUCAUAUCUUUUUUAGUAGAAAUGUUAUUUUAUUUCUCCGAUGCCACGACAUCGAAAUAAAAAAAAUAGAGCAAUUUGAUUGAACAUAGCGCCCUUUUUGCAUUCCUCAAAUUUUAUGUUAAAGUUGAUCAGUUGACAAUAAUUGUUCGCAUUCAAUAGCAUUUAAUGUUUUUUUUUGGAAUUGACGAAACGUCGCCCUCGGGGGACAUAGAUGAAUGUUUGUACUUUUAUAAAACGAUGUAUAUAAAUGUACGAAAUAAAUUAUGAUUGG